UGUAUGCCUUGAGGAUGAGGUCGCUUGCGGAAUGGUGGAUCACAUAUGGAAGGAGGUAAGGAGUUCGGAGGGUUCCGGCAUUCUGAAAGUCCAUACGCGGGCUACUCUCGAUAUUCUGUCCGGGUUGAACGAGUAGCUGAAAAAGAGCAUACACCUCCAACAGCUAUGUGGAGGGCAUCGAUCGGUACUGGACUAUGCUGACAAGGCGGCACUGAAGAACUAGGAAAGGGAAAAAGGUGAACAAGUAUAGUGUAUGCGUAUAAAAGCGAGGGAUAUGCGUACAUGCGCGACGAUCAUGUAUGUGUGAUAUCAGAACAGGCGGUCUAUCGUUCCUCAAGUUACGUACACCUCCGGCAUCCAAGUCAUACUCUCGCCAAUCAAGCUCUCCUCUCAAACGCCGCCAACCAUCUGUCAAUCUGUUCCUCACUAGCAUCUCGAAUCUCUUGCAAGCUCGUUAUAUGCGGGACCUCCGCGUCCGGAACUGCAAAAGGCCCGGGAACCUUGACGUAUGGUUUCACGGACCCGUCUCCACAAGUAGAGUUGUACGUCCGAGCAGAGUGCACCUCGAUAUUAUGCAAGCUUUUCCGGAUCUGGUCCAUCUGGCGUAUUUCAUGCAGUGUAUCGUCCCUCAGAUGCAGGAGCUCAUCCGAGAGCUCGUGGUGGUGCUGGUUGAGAUGUACAAAGAGGCCGAUAAGGAGGGCGUGGAUGUAAUGGAAAGCGGGAGCGGGAGAGGGGAUGGGAACGGGGUCCGGAUCUGCGGGCUGUUAGUUGUGUGGAA